CUCUGUUCUAUAUCACCCCCUUCCAUCGCCUUCCAUUUUUGUUUCCACUUUCAAGAAUCAAGGUCCAAUAAUCCUUCUCUUCUCUUCUCUUCUGCUUUCGGUUUUCGCCGCUGAAGAUCCACUUUAUCGGCCGUCGGAAGGGAUUUCCUUCACCGUUCCAUAAGUCGGCCAUUUUUUGCAUCAUUUCAAGUUCUCUAUCAUGAAUCAUGAGUAUGAUUACUUGUUCAAGCUUUUGCUGAUUGGGGACUCAGGAGUUGGCAAAUCAUGUCUCCUGCUUAGAUUUGCUGAUGACUCAUAUCUUGAUAGCUACAUCAGCACAAUUGGUGUGGAUUUCAAAAUUCGCACUGUGGAGCAGGAUGGGAAGACCAUUAAGCUUCAAAUUUGGGACACUGCUGGACAAGAAAGGUUCAGGACAAUUACCAGUAGCUACUACCGUGGAGCACAUGGCAUUAUAAUAGUUUAUGAUGUCACUGAUCUGGAAAGUUUCAACAAUGUUAAGCAAUGGUUGAGUGAAAUUGAUCGCUAUGCAAGUGAAAAUGUGAAUAAACUUCUUGUUGGAAACAAAUGUGAUCUUGCAGAAAGCAGAGCUGUGUCGUAUGACACUGCUAAGGAAUUUGCCGAUGAAAUUGGCAUUCCGUUUAUGGAAACUAGUGCCAAAGAUGCUACCAAUGUUGAGCAAGCUUUCAUGGCUAUGUCUGCGGAUAUCAAAAAUAGGAUGGCAAGUCAGCCAGGAGCGAACAGCAUGAGGCCACCUUCUGUGCAGCUUAAAGGGCAACCCGUUGGCCAGAAGGGUGGUUGCUGCUCAGCCUAGCUUACGCUUGGCUACGUUAGAAUACUGUUAUUGCCUUUGAAGUUUCUUGCUCUUUGCUUUUCAUAUCAUUGGUCUGUAAGCUAUCAUAGUUGUGGUUCUUUCAAGUGUCUGAUUGUGUACAAAUUGCAAGAGUUUACUGCUAGUAUCGUUUUACCAUUCUUUACUUUGGCUGCAGUUAUAAGCCAAUAUUCAUUUCGGUUUAAAUGUUUAGCAUUUAGACAUAACUAUUGUAUUGUUUGAACAGUCCUUCAAAAUAAUAUACCAAUUGGGUAGUGUUCUUUUUUUCA